AGCCAGUGGGUGGGAAAAAAAAAAAAAAAAAUGUAAGAUAGCUAACGAACAAUUAAGGAAAUUAAUCCUGGCAUUUAAUCGACUACGUUUAUAUUCCAGUUGGACGUUGCCAGUCCUCGUCGGUUAAUUCGGAUACUUUAUCGCGAAGCUUUUCGGAUCGUGAAAAUUUGGACGGCCAGGUAAAGCCUUGGAAAAACUAAAUAACAAUGUGAUUUUCGAGUGCGCCAAUCGGUUAGGUCAGUUAUCACCUGUAGUUUAACGUCAUUGAACGAUUAGCGUGCUCUCCUUUGACGUCACGGUGCAUCGUAUAAAUACCGGAUCGACCGAAUCUUUGGGAGAGUCUUCUGUAACGACUGCCUCAGGAUAUACCCUUUCCUCGAAACUACUUCGUCUCUCGAUACGUGCGGAAAGCUGGAAAAAUGGAAUUCAUGGGGAUUCUCUUCCUGACCGUCUGCUCGACGACGCUUGGCUUGGCCCUGCCGAUCUCUUCCCCCGCGUCCCAAGAAUCCUCCGUCGACUUCGCGUCGGACGUUUCUUCUCGGGAAGAGCGGGAGUCCGAUGUCCUGCCAACGGAGAAGAUAUCCCUGUUGAUGCUGAUCGAGCCGGAGGAACCUACCGACUCCGCCCUGGACAGACUAAUGAUUUUCAUCCCGGAUUUCGAAAUCGCUCCCGACGCGCCCAUCGAAGACUUGGAGAAACGCAGCGCCGAAGGAAAGGACGACGACGACCUCGAGACGGCGGCCGGGACAAACGUUCUUCGACCGCUCUUCGUGUAUCGGCAACAAGUCGCGUAUCGGCAGAGACUAAGGAACGGACUAAGUCGCGGGAAUCGGUUUUGAGAGAGGCCUCCGAAAGUCUCCAAACGAGACGAAUUUCUCGAAACGGCGACGCCUCGUCGUCGUCGAGCGCUCUCUUGCCGAUUUCAUCUUUACCGAGGUAGUAAUUAAGGGAAUUAGACGUAAGAAAGCCAGGCUGCCCACCAAAGCGAGUAACGACGAACCCGCUACUCCGAGGAUCCGGUAUAAAGUUCCUACCGAGAAGGGUCGACCGAUCGUUUCCGACUCCCCCGGGAAUUCUAAUGUACCGAGUGCGUAAUCUCUCGGGAAUCCGGGAGAAUAAAUAUCGCUCCGUAACGUCGUCGUUCUCAUUUGCGUCGUUCCGGUCUCCAUCCGAGAGCCGAGUCGCGAGACGGUCAACCUCGAGGAAUAUUUAACGAAGGCUUCCUCGAUCGCU